GUUAGUUACUUUUCUUACCACUCUGGCUUAAAACAGAAGAAUAUAUCCGUCUUCACCAAUGGCUCUCAGUUGACUUGUGUCCGUCUGUGUGGCCAGUCGGAAUUUGUUUGCUGAGAUUUCUGCCUUACUGCUUAUGAAUUUAUGGAAGGAUUUCUGGUAGGUCCCUUCAGAUAAGAUGUAGUACUGUGAAACGUCUGUCUACCUUGAAUUACAAAUAAUUGAGCUUUUCAGCUCGGAAGCCUUUCCUUUUUUUUUUUUUUUCCAGCUUACUGAACUUAUGAAACCAUGGCAGAAGGAGAAACAGCAUCACCUGGGCCCAAAAAGAGUGGCCCAUAUAUCUCAUCUGUCACUAGCCAGAGUGUGAACUUGGUGAUUCGAGGAGUAGUCUUGUUUUUUAUUGGAGUAUUUCUUGCUUUAGUGUUAAAUUUGCUCCAGAUUCAGAGAAAUGUGACGCUAUUUCCACCUGAUGUGAUUGCAAGCAUCUUUUCUUCUGCAUGGUGGGUGCCACCAUGCUGUGGCACAGCUUCAGCUGUGAUUGGGUUAUUAUACCCCUGCAUUGACAGGCAUCUGGGAGAACCACAUAAAUUUAAAAGAGAGUGGUCCAGUGUAAUGCGGUGUGUAGCUGUCUUUGUUGGUAUAAAUCAUGCCAGUGCCAAAGUGGAUUUUGAUAACAACAUACAACUGUCUCUCACACUGGCUGCACUCUCCAUUGGACUGUGGUGGACUUUCGAUAGAUCCAGAAGUGGUUUUGGCCUUGGAGUAGGAAUCGCGUUCUUGGCAACGGUGGUCACUCAGCUGCUAGUCUAUAACGGUGUUUAUCAGUAUACAUCUCCAGAUUUUCUCUAUGUUCGCUCCUGGUUACCAUGUAUAUAUUUUGCUGGAGGCAUAACAAUGGGAAACAUUGGUCGACAACUGGCAAUGUAUGAAUGUAAAGUUAUUGCAGAAAAAUCUCAUCAAGAAUGAAGAAG